AUGCGAGGAUGUUACUCUCGCGUUGGUGAAUCGUUUCUGUGCGCUAGACUGCCGUCUCUGCCCCAGUUUGCGCCCCACCUUGACGACUGCCCUCCCUGCCCCGUUUCUGCUUGUCGCGGAGUUUCAUGUGCUCCUCUUCAAAUGCCGGAACUGCGAAUGCUGCCUAACUGGAAUUCCAAUUCUGCCAACAUGUUCCGAGACUCGGUCGACCCAUUAUUAAUGUAA